UUCCUAUUUUCUCUACACCUUUCAAUUUUCACUUUAUCUAUUUUCUUGCUCUCUUUAUAUUAUUAUUACCUAACAACAAUGGCACCAAAAGCUGAGAAAAAACCUGCCGAGAAGAAACCAGCAGCCGAAAAAACUCCGGCAGAGAAGAAACCAAAGGCAGGAAAAAAGCUGCCUAAGGACGGAGGUGCAGCUGCAGGAGAUAAGAAGAAGAAGAGAUCCAAGAAAUCAGUUGAAACCUACAAGAUUUACAUCUUCAAGGUGUUGAAGCAAGUACAUCCUGAUAUUGGUAUAUCAAGCAAAGCUAUGGGUAUAAUGAACAGUUUUAUUAAUGAUAUAUUUGAGAAGCUUGCACAAGAAUCUUCAAGAUUGGCUAGGUAUAAUAAGAAACCUACUAUUACUUCAAGGGAAAUUCAGACAGCUGUGAGACUUGUGUUGCCUGGUGAAUUGGCUAAACAUGCUGUUUCUGAAGGCACUAAAGCUGUUACGAAAUUCACUAGCUCUUAAUUUUUAGGGCUUCUAAGGUUCAAAUUAGGUUUUGUGGGUGUAAAUUUAGUUUAAUUAGUAUGCUUUUAAGUGUUGAGAUGAUCGAGUUGGUCUAAUGUAAGGUUAUGGUCUAAUUAGUAUGCAUAUCUUAUUUGUCUUGCCAGUAAAAUGGAUAUCUCCAGGAAAGAUUUUUCUGUUUUCUUCA